AUGAACAUCAAGAAUGACCAAACAGUAAAGUUCUGGACUGAUGUGUGGCUCUCUGCAGGGAAACUGAUUGACCUUGCUGGUGAGAUUGGAACUCAAAAGUUAGGCAUUCCGAGAAAUGCGAGAAUUUGUGAUGUUUGGAAUCUAAGGGCAUCACGCGAUCAGCACAUACAGCAGCUGGUGGAGGUAAUUCGCCAGUUCCCUUUAUCGCUGACUGUAAAUGUCCCUGACGGAGUCAUGUGGAGGAAUGGCCCUGACGACUAUAGGGAUAAGUUCAUCGCUUCUGGUACUUGGCAACAGAUCAGACAGAGUAGAGAUGAAGUUCAGUGGAGCACGAUUGUCUGGUUCUCCCAAAGGGUACCUCGGUUCUCUUUCAUCACUUGGCUAGCUCUCUGUGAUAGGCUCUCAACAGGCCAUCGAAUGCACAAAUGGGGUCAACCGCAAGUUUGUAUAUUAUGUGGCGAGUCAGAUGAGACGAGAGAUCAUCUAUAUUUUGCUUGUCCGUAUACUUACACACUGUGGUUGAAAGUUGUGGGGAAUCUCUUCGGUGCUGAACCUGAUCCGGACUGGGGCAUCACUAUAUCGCGGCUGAUCACAUGA